UAAACAAGCUGUCAAACCCGCCGCACCGAGAAUUCCAUACGACACUCACGCAGGAUGGAAAAGCUCCGGCUAGUGUUCGUUACCUUUUCGGGAGUCGGUCACCUCGUCGCCAUGGUGGAGGCCGCCAAACGCCUCCUCCAACUGGAGGGAAACCAUUUCUCCGCCACUUUUCUCCUCCUACGAGUCCCCGCCCCAAGCUCAGGCUCCGCCGUCGCCUCCUACCUCCGCUCCGCGGCCGCCUCCGACCUCGACAUCAGCUUCCAGGAGCUCCCGCCCGUGGAGCUCCCGGCCGACACCGAAGGCCCCGAGGACUUCAUCUCCCGUUACAUCGAGGCCCACAAGACCCACGUCAAGGUCGCCGUCGCAUCCCUUUCCUCGUCCGCCGCCGUCGCCGCCUUGGUUUUGGACUUCUUCGCUACCACCCUCAUCGACGUCGCGGUCGACCUCGGCGUUCCGGCAUACGUUUAUUUCACCUCGGGCGCCGUCAUGCUCGCGCUCAUGCUCCAUCUACCCGUUCUCGGCGAGAAGAAUCCGGCAAGUUUUGAGGAUGUGGAAAGGGAUGUUGACAUCCCGGGCGUGAUUCCGAUACCGUCGCAGUCGAUGCCGUCUCCUCUCAUGAGGAAUGACAAUCGGGCCUACGGUUGGUUUGUGUACCACGGCCGAAGAUUCUUCGAAGCCAAAGGCAUCAUAAUCAACACUUUCGCAGAGCUCGAGCGAGGGCCUCUCACGGCCAUCGAGGAAGGCCACUGCGCCCCGGACCGACCGGCGCCGCUCGUCCACCCCAUUGGUCCAAUCGUCGCUGUCGAGGAGGACACCAGCAAACCCGGCGGGGAGAAGCACGAGUGCGUCAAGUGGUUGGAUAGCCAGCCUCCGGAGUCGGUGGUAUUCCUGUGUUUCGGCAGCAUGGGCAGCUUCGACGUGCCGCAGGUGCGCGAGAUCGCCGCCGCGCUGGAGCGAAGCGACCGGCGAUUCCUAUGGUGCCUGCGAUCGCCUUCGGCAGGCAAGAUCCGAGCCUCGGUCGAUGCGACACCCAAAGACGUGCUGCCAGAAGGGUUCCUGGAGAGGACCGCCGGCAGGGGGCUGGUGUGGCCGGAGUGGGCGCCGCAGGCUGCGAUACUGGCGCAUCGGGCGGUCGGCGGGUUCGUGACGCACUGCGGGUGGAACUCGGCCUUGGAGAGCUUGUGGUACGGAGUCCCCAUGCUCGGGUGGCCGCUGUACGCCGAGCAGCACCUGAAUGCGUUCCAGCUGGUGAAGGUUUUGGGGGUGGCCGUAGAGCUGAAGGUGGACAGGAAGAGGGGCAACUUCGUCACUGCAGAUGAGGUGGAGAGAGGAAUAAGGUGUUUGAUGGAUGGCCGCGAUGAAGUGAACAGGGUGACAGCAAAAGCGAAGGAGAUGAGCCUGGCGAGCAGAAAGGCCAUAGAGAAAGGAGGUUCCUCUCACAUUGGCCUGGAAAAGCUGGCGGAGGAAAUCAAGACAUCAGCUUCGAGUGAGAGAGGACUCCGUCAAAGCUGAGCCAUGCUACUACUCUUGCCAUUCUCGAGUUCCAGACCAGCAACUACCAUCAUCGAUCCAUUCAUAUUCGAUGGAUGGAUUAGAAAUUAAUAUAUCUUGAUCCGUGUCAUAUGUAUCAUAGUCUUGAUCAUCUCAAUUCAAGAAAAUUAGUUAAUUGGAUGUCACCAUGUACUACCAUUGUCAUUAAUCAAGACAUGGAUUGUUCCCCUCUA